CAUCAUCAUCAUCCACACCAUUUAGUUCGGUGUGGUCUCGACCAAUAAAACAAAUUCACUCUCUCGGACAUUCUUCUCGCCCGCCCCCUCUUCCGGGCCGGGCACGCGACGGCAUCGGGCCACCGUGCGGGAAGCAGAGAGAGACGGCAAGUGUGCGACACGCGGCGGCUCCUCGGGGGCGGGUGCGUGAGCCACAGGCCGUAACUUGGGGGGGGUUUUCUUAAAAAUUUUUUCAUUUCCGAUCCGCAGCGUCUCGAUAGCCGGGGCCCCAUGCUCUGCUCUGACCGCACGCGUGCCUACGCGAUUAGGCCUGUACAUACCAGGCUCAGACUUCAAUGCACCACGUUUUUUUACCGUCCGCUCGCUCGCUCGGCCUGUAUCCCUCGUGUCUUACUUAUAGCCACCGUCACCGCCGGCGCCGACGUCCCGCCUUCUCGCACGCAGACGUGGGGUGGGGGUGGCGUUGGGAACGCGACGACGAGCGCGGGAACGCGAAUCCGCCCCCCGUCGCCCAUCGUCGUAUCGGCCGGGCCGCCAACCACGCCGAGCACGAUGACCCGACGUUGGCAAAGUCCAACCUCCCCCUCCCCUCCUCCCCCCUAUAGUACACACACAAACGUAUACCUAGCUCUCGCACGCUCGGAAUUCCGCCCGCCCGCCCUGCUGCCUCCCCCCCCCCCCACACCCACGCUCAACCCCCGCGCGUCCCCCCUGAUUGACGCCAUACCUGGGCUGCACCGAAGGGGAAGGAGCGUAGGCGACGCGAGGGCGACGCGGCGGCGCCCGCAAUGGCGGCAACGCCCGCGGCCUACGGCUACCGACGGCAGCCUGAUAGCAGUGAUGGUGAGGGGGUGGCGUUUUUUUUUUAAGGAGGAGGAGGAGAAGGCUUCGAUCUUACCCUAUCCUGUGUCCCUAUCCUAUACUACCCCCAUCUGGCCCCGGCCUAGAGGGGGGGGGCGACAUCAGGAGCGGCUGCUGCCCUUGACUUACUGUAGUGAAGACAGUCCUAGAAGAGAGAGAGGCCAGCCAAUGAGCGGAUCCCUUCCCCUCCCCCCUCCCGCCUAUCCUUUUGACAGAGCUGAGCUGUAGAUUGCGGUUUAUCUCGGCCAGGCAGACCUCGAUAGCGGGGAACGGGGGGAGGGAAGAGGACCGGACUAGACAACGCUUGGAAUCCUAUAGCCCCUAAUCAUUCGAAAUCGCUCUGUCGGAACAGCUGGGCUCGGCGCAAAGCAGGCACAACAAUAACACAGGUAAACUGGUCGAUAGACAAGUCA